CAAAAUAUGAAAAAAUGAGUUUAGAGUGAAAGAAGAUUUAUAAGCUGGAAACGAUUUCGUUGAGCUAACCGUAACUGCCGAUCGCCGCCGAAUUCUCAACUUUGAUCAUGGAGCUUUCAUCCUUCUCUACAACCUGCAAACCAAUUCAUUCAGAGCUGCCGCAGAAGAGAUGGUCUAUGAAUAAUCAGCUCUAUUUCUUUCCUAGAACAAGAGUGUCGACGCCUAUGCUGCGUCGGGCUGCAAUUUCAAAUGGGAAGCAAAAUCAUUUGCGUUCACAGGUUUUAAAGUGUCAGUUGAAGGAAAUUCCGACUGUAGAGGCAGGGAGUAUGGAUGAAAUAUACAAUGUCUUGGCAGAACGUCUUGUUCCUGUUGCAGCAGCUGAAUCAAAUCCCAAUUUUAAGCAUAUUGUUGGUUUGUGUGGGCCUCCUGGUGCUGGAAAGAGCACUCUGGCAUCUCAAGUGGCUAAUCGUGUCAAUGAGUUAUGGGUGCAAAGGUCUUCUUUCUUUAAUGAGCUAGUAGAUUCUCCUGAAGUCGCAAUUGUUCUUCCCAUGGAUGGAUUUCAUCUUUAUCGUCGUGAACUGGAUGCAAUGAAGGAUCCAGAGGAAGCUCAUGCAAGAAGAGGAGCUCCUUGGACAUUUGCCCCCGACCGACUCUUGAGAUGUCUCACAAGUCUGAGAAAUGAGGGAUCAGUGUGUGUCCCAUCGUUUGACCAUGGCGUGGGUGAUCCUGUUGAAGAUGAUAUCUUCGUGAGCCUUCAGCACAAAGUAGUGAUAGUUGAAGGUAAUUAUUUGCUUUUGGAUGAGGGCGCGUGGAGGGACAUUGCAUCCCUCUUGGACGAGAAGUGGUUCAUUGACGUGGACAUUCACAAGGCAAUGCAACGGGUCUUGAAAAGACACAUAUCAACAGGAAAGCCUCGCGAUGUUGCUAAAUGGCGGAUUGACUACAAUGAUCGGCCUAACGCAGAGCUAAUAAUGAAUUCAAAGAAGAGAGCAGACCUGUUGAUCAAAUCAGUCGACUUCUCCUAGGCGAAUCACGUUGCAAUAAAAGGACUCGAUUCACGAGCUCGGCUCCAUUCUUCAAUAACGGCUGAGGGUUGCUUCUGUAAGUACUGUUCAAGAUUUCAUGCCUAGUUCGUUAAGCUAUUUUUUUUGCAGCUAGGUUAACUUUGUACAUGCAGUUCCUUUUAUUAAAAAGAGAUUACUAUUA